AUGGUGAACACCCGAAAGAGCUCCCAAUCUCAGCGUCUCUCCGGGAAAGCGGCGGCGGCGGCGACGGUCCCGGGGCCCGGCGGCCAUUUCAUCUCAUCCAGGACCCGCUUGUCCAGGACUAGUGCCAAAGCAGCGGCAGCCGCGGCGGCGGCGGCGGCGGCGGCGGCUGCCGGGCAAGAUGAGGACUCGGUCCGGAGAGAUGAUGGUAGCGAUGGUAGUUUGAGUGAUAGUCACAUAUCUCCUCCAGCCAAACGUACCUUGAAACAUGCUGAUUCUGUAUGCAAAGACAAAUCAAAAUCUCGCAGUACUGGACAGCGAGAGGAAUGGAAUGUCUCAACUGGUCAGUCCCGGUUAACUUCUCAAUCUGGUGCUACUCUACCAAAUGGUCGUAGCUUAUCUCUCAAAAGCUGUUCUCUUCGAGGAGAAAAAAAGGGAGAUGGUGACCAUGCCUGUAUAAAUGGAGGCAGAGAAAUUAGAAAAAGUUGUCGAUCUAGAAAAAACAGAUUUGAAAGUCUGAAUCAGAGUUUACUGUUUGACCAAUUGGUAAACAGUACUGCUGAAGCUGUUCUUCAGGAAAUGGACAAUAUUAACAUCAGACGGAAUAGGCGAUCAGGUGAAGUGGAACGGUUGCGUAUGUGGACAGAUACUGAAUUUGAAAACAUGGAUAUGUACUCAAGAGUGAAAAGAAGGAGGAAAUCAUUAAGGAGAAAUAGCUAUGGAAUCCAGAACCACCACGAGGUUUCCACAGAAGGCGAAGAAGAAGAAUCUCAAGAAGAAGACGGGGAUAUUGAAGCAGAGGAGGCAGAGGGUGAAGAAAAUGAUCGUCCAUAUAAUCUCAGACAAAGAAAAACAGUAGAAAGAUAUCAAGCGCCUCCUAUAGUUCCAGCACACCAAAAGAAAAGGGAAAACACAUUAUUUGACAUUCAUAGAUCUCCUGCAAGAAGAAGCCAUAUCAGGAGAAAGAAACACGCCAUUCAUAGUAGUGAUACAACCUCUUCAGAUGAAGAACGAUUUGAAAGAAGAAAAUCUAAAAGCAUGGCAAGAGCGAGAAACAGAUGUCUGCCAAUGAAUUUCAGAGCAGAAGAUUUGGCUAGUGGAGUCCUGCGUGAACGGGUGAAAGUUGGAGCAAGCUUGGCUGACGUGGAUCCAAUGACUCUUGACAAAUCGGUCCGUUUUGAUAGUAUAGGUGGGUUGAGCAAUCAUAUUCAUGCACUUAAGGAAAUGGUUAUAUUUCCUCUUCUGUAUCCUGAAAUAUUUGAAAAAUUCAAAAUUCAGCCACCAAGGGGCUGUUUGUUUUAUGGUCCUCCUGGAACAGGUAAAACCUUGGUGGCUAGAGCUCUGGCCAAUGAAUGCACUCAUGGAGACAGAAAAGUUGCCUUUUUUAUGAGGAAGGGAGCAGACUGUCUCAGCAAAUGGGUUGGUGAAUCUGAACGGCAGCUUCGACUCCUCUUUGAUCAAGCAUACCUGAUGAGGCCAUCCAUAAUCUUUUUUGAUGAAAUAGAUGGCUUGGCCCCUGUCCGCUCCAGUAGACAAGACCAAAUUCACAGCUCUAUUGUGUCUACAUUACUUGCACUCAUGGAUGGAUUGGACAACAGAGGUGAAAUAGUUGUCAUUGGUGCUACAAACAGACUUGAUUCUAUAGAUCCAGCACUCAGGAGACCAGGUCGCUUUGACAGGGAAUUUCUUUUUAGUUUGCCUGAUCAAAAGGCAAGAAAGCACAUUUUACAAAUUCAUACCAGGGACUGGAAUCCAAAAUUGUCCAAUCAUUUUUUAGGAGAACUAGCUGAAAAAUGUGUUGGAUACUGUGGCGCUGACAUAAAAGCACUUUGUACUGAAGCUGCCUUGAUUGCCCUGCGACGGCGCUAUCCUCAGAUCUAUGCGAGCAGUCAAAAAUUGCAGCUUGAUGUUUCUUCAAUAGUUCUCAGUGCACAAGACUUCUAUCAUGCAAUGCAGAAUAUCGUGCCUGCUUCUCAACGUGCUGUAACAUCAUCAGGGCAUGCUUUGUCUCCCAUCAUAAGGCCAUUGUUGGAAAGAACCUUCAACGAGAUUCUGGCUGUUUUACAUAAAGUAUUUCCUCAUGCUGAAUUCAGUCAGGGUGACAAAAGAGAAGAUGCACCAAAUUUAAUUUUGGAUGAUAGUGAAGAUGAAAAUGUUUCAUCAAUAUUUGAAACUAGUUGCCAGCCAGGAUCACCAAAGAAACAAUUACCGGCUGCUGUACAUAAACCUUACCUUCAUUAUACAAUGUCAGCUUAUCACCAGCCCACAUCUUAUAGGCCAAGAUUACUACUUUCCGGAGAAAGGGAUUCAGGUCAGACUUCACACCUUGCUCCAGCUUUAUUACAUUCUCUUGAAAAAAUUGCUGUACACAGAUUAGAUCUGCCAGCACUUUAUUCGGUCAGUGCCAAAACGCCUGAAGAAUCAUGUGCACAGAUAUUUCGUGAAGCAAGAAGAACGCUACCAAGUAUUGUUUACAUGCCUCAUAUUGGUGAUUGGUGGGAAGCGGUCAGUGAAACUGUGAGAGCAACUUUUCUAACUUUGCUGCAAGACAUACCAUCAUUCUCACCAAUAUUUCUACUUUCUACCUCUGAAACCAUGUAUAGUGAAUUGCCUGAAGAGGUGAAGUGUAUCUUUAAAAUUCAGUAUGAAGAGGUUUUUUAUAUUCAAAGACCAAGCAAAGAAGACAGGUGCAAAUUUUUCCAAGAACUGGUUCUCAAUCAGGCAUCAAUGCCUCCUCCAAGGAGAAAACACACAGCUGUUUCCGAUAUGGAGGUGCUUCCUCUUGCAUUGUCCCCUCCUACCCGCCAGCUAUCAGAGGCAGAAAAGCAGAGAAUGGAAGACCAGGAAGAAAACACACUGAGAGAGCUGCGGUUGUUUCUCAGAGAUGUUACCAAGAGGCUGGCUACAGACAAGCGCUUUAACAUCUUCAGCAAACCGGUGGAUAUUGAAGAGGUUUCAGAUUAUCUUGAAGUGAUCAAAGAGCCAAUGGAUCUUUCUACAAUAAUAAGUAGAAUUGAUAAGCACAACUAUUUAAGUGCAAAGGAUUUUCUAACAGACAUAGAUCUCAUCUGCAGCAACGCUUUGGAAUAUAAUCCUGACAAAGAUCCUGGAGAUAAAAUUAUUAGACACAGAGCUUGUACUCUGAAGGAUACUGCACAUGCUAUCAUUGCUGCUGAACUGGAUCCAGAAUUCAAUAAAAUGUGUGAAGAAAUUAAGGAAGCAAGAAAAAAAAGAGGCUUAUCCGUUGUAACAGAGCAAACAAAUGCUCAUGGCUCCACUGUGCAAAAAACAGAAAUUAGAACUGAAGAGGCAUUCCUGAACCGGCAAAAAAAUGCAAUGACAGUUUGGCACAAUUCUGCGAACAAAUGUGCAUUUCGAUUGAGAAGGAAAUCAAGACGACGUUCACAGUGGGGGAAAGGUAUUAUUAAAAAGAGGAAAGUGAACAAUUUGAAAAAAGAUGAAGAUGAUGCUAAAUUUGCAGAUGAUGAAACUCAAGGGGACGAUAACAAACUCCUGGAAAAUGGGGAGCUUGAAGGAAGCAUCGACUGCACUGAGGAGAACGGAGAGGAAACAGGAGAUCUUUCUCUAACAAACGAUGAGUCAUCAUGUGAUGUCAUGGAUAUACAUGGAGAACAGAGACUUGAUAAUGGGACAGUCGGGAAAGAAAAUAGCAUUCCGUCUACAGAAGAGAGCUCCAAUGAAUCCCUGGUAGUAAAUAACAAAGUUAUGAUAAAUGUAGAAGAGGGCUCUAAGGAUGAAUUGCGUUCCCAGAGGGAUCAUUUAAAUGGUGAGGCCUCUGAAGGGACACCUCUUCCACCAUGUCAGUAUGACAAAUGUGAACCGUUGAAAGUCAGUCUCAUUGCAGACAUGGCUACGCCCAAAGAAGUGGUGACAACUGAUGACCACUCCCCCCAAAAAUCAGAGGCUUCAAAUUAUAGUCCAGAAGGAGAACAUAUACUACAACAGUCUGGUAGUGAGAUUUCACAGUGCAGCAAUAACGAAAAGAAAUCACCAAGCACAGAUAUGGAAACUAAAGAAACCGAAUCAGAUAAAGACGGUACAUUAAAAAAUAAGAAACUUCGUAAAAUUGCUUUGACGCAAGUUCCAGAGGAACAGUUAGACCCUGUACCUCCUGUUGUUGUUGAUCGUGUCAGGCUAAUGAAUUUACUCGAUUUAUUGGUCAAGAAAAGUGACAACUUGACAGUUGACCAGCUGGAGAGGCUAUACUCUCUACUUAAUCAGUGCAUCUAUCGGCAUCGUAAAGAUUAUGACAAAUCACAACUUGUACAAGAAAUGGAAAGAACAGUUGAUAUGUUUGAAACAUUCCUGUGAACACAUCUCUCCGAGGUGUGUGGGGUUUGUCUUUUCAUUGGCUGCUCACGGGAGAGCAGUCUUCUGAGCCAUUCGCUUUCCAUUUGCACCAAGUAUAUGCAGAGCCUUGGUCUUAACACGCUCACUCUUGGUCUCACGUUCUGUUAUGAAUUUGGUGCUAUCGUCUCAGGUAACUGAAACCAGCCAGCCUACAAGAACCAAACAGAACUUCAAAAUAUUUGUAUCUUGAUAUAAAUAAAGAAUAUAAUGCCACAACACAGAGAUUUUUUUGGUGCUACAGAAACUGCUUUCAUUUCUGCUGUCUACAUGUGUUAUCUUAUGAGAAGUUUCAGGCAAAACGGAGCAGGCUGACAAAACACCCACAAACUGGAUAGAGCAGAUCUGAUUAUUUAAGUGGGCAAUUUCU